ACCUCUAAACAUGAAAAUGUCAAUAAAUAGUGCAGUCGAAAGUUUUGGAUUUUCUUAAUCACACACCAGUGAUAUUUUUUUGUGUAUUAUAUUGUAGUGGACCGUAUUACACUAUGGUACUACUUUACUGUGCAGAUUUGGAGGGACCAUAUUGCAUGGUGUCUGCACUAAACCAAAACUGAACUAAAUGUGUUGCAACCUCAAAGUCUUUUUUAUUGUCCAAACCCCCAACAUAUUCAAUUAACUCCAAUGAAGGACAAGGAAAUGAUUAAAUUAUCACUUUUGAGAAGCUGGAACCAUUAAAUGUUUUUGCAUUUUUGCUUGAAAAAAAUGGCUUAAACAAAUAAUCGAUUAUCAACAUAGUUGUCAAUUAAUUUUCUGUCAAGCAACUAAACAAUUAAUCGACUAAUCAUUGCAGCUCUAGUCACAAGUAUGCAUUGCUUGGCUAUAAAGUAUCGCAAGCCAGAAAGGUUGGAAACUAUAGUCUUACUGGCUCUGUCUAGGGCCCCCCUAAUCCCUCAGAUCCAAGGCUGGAUUACCAAUGGGACAACUGCCCCGGAGCUCCAGACCCCCAGGGACCCAAGACCCCAAAAUGGUCUGGGAGAGCUGGGGUCCCCUAGCAGGUAAAUUCAGCCCUACUCGGACCCCUGGGCCUGUGUUGGCUCCGUCCAUGGUGUGAGGAGGACAAGGACUUAUAGAAUUAAGGUUGAUAAUUAUUAAUUUGAGUGAAUGAAUUAAGUAGUUUUAAGGCACAAUUUCAGGGCAUUCAUCAUUAACUCCAAGGAAUUAAAUAAGUAAUUUGAGGGUAUAAAUUACUUAACUAAGGGGAAAGUGUAUUAAGCACACAAUUUAGUAAUAUGAAGGAAUAAUUUGUCACUUUAGAGAACGAUUUAUCAAAAGUUUCUCAUGACCCUGACAACCCUGACAACUACCGGACUCUGUUACUUCCGACAGCACGUGAACACAGCAUACUGGUUGCCUCCCCUCACAACUUGAAGCUGAAAUCUAACAAAGUAAACGCAAACAAUCAUGUACGGAAGUGGUUCAAAUCCGUGUACAUUCACCCUUUAACUGUUGAUGUAAGGAUACCAACCAGCUGACCGAGGAACACGUUACAUUUUUGACAUUUUUAAAUUAACUGUCCCUCAGUUACAGGAAGUGACAUCACCACACACACACUUCUUUUGUCUGACGACCUUAUCCGGAGGAAGUGAAGCUUUAGACAAGGCAGCCGCUUCACCGGAGAGAAAAAAAAAUCUUGGAAAAAAAAAAAAAGGCCAAGAGGAAAAAAAAAACUUCACUGGUUUGCAGGAAUUUGGACAGAUUUGGAAACUGUGUCUAAAUUGUCCCGACACACGGGAGUUCCGGGGAGGGAGACGGAGUCGUCGUUACCGGUAAACGCCACUAUUCUCCAUGCAAUCGAAAUGAUGGAAGAUUCUCAUUUUAAUUCAUCGUAUUUCUGGUCUCCCAUCCCCACUGUACCAGGACAGAUUGAGAAUGCCAUGUUCCUGAACAAGGUGAAAGAGCAACAGGAAAAGAGUGCUUCCUUCUCUCCUUCCUCUGCAUCCCACUACCAAACAGCUCUUCUCACCAUCCCCACUUCUGGGACAAAGACAGAUGGAGGAGGGCAGGCUGGUAGCGUGGCACACCUCCACCCUCCUCACAGCACCCAGAACAUGCUGCCUGUCCCCUCCACAGGCAUCAUGACAGCAGCGGGUCUGGUCAUCACAACUCCUCAGGGAACACUAGUCUCUCCCACCUCCUCUCAAUCAUUUGUCUCUGGUCAUCCAGCAACGACCAUGAUUGUUUCAGCACUCCAUUCUCCAGACAAAAAAGAAGGGGAUGGGACGUCGCAUUUGGUCGUGAUGCCAGCGCCCUCCAAACGAGGCAGAAAGAAGAAGACGACACUGUCCAGGGUCAGUCCUGUGGGUGGACCAGGAAAUGAAACACUAAUACUGGCUCAUCUGACGGCCGGCGGCCAGCUGGCAUCUCUGCAGCAUCAUACUGGAGACCCAUAUGACUUGUCAAAUGAAGAGGAAGACCAUGGCCCAAAAGAUAGCACAAAAACAUACAGGUGCCGGAUGUGUGCGGCGACCUUCCUCAGUAAGUCUGACAUGCAGAUCCACUCCAAGUCGCACACAGAGGCCAAACCUCACAAGUGUCCUCACUGCGCCAAGUCAUUCGCCAACUCCAGCUACCUGGCCCAGCACAUCCGCAUCCACAGCGGGGCCAAGCCUUACACCUGCUCCUACUGCCAGAAAUCUUUCAGGCAACUCAGUCAUUUACAGCAGCACACACGGAACCACACAGAGUCAAAGCCUCACAAGUGUCCCCAUUGUACCAAGUCAUUUGCCAACUCUAGCUACCUGGCCCAACAUGUCCGCAUCCACACCGGAGUGAAACCCUACUCCUGCUCCUUCUGCCAAAAGAGCUUCAGACAGCUCAGUCACCUUCAGCAGCACAACAGGAUUCACACCGGAGAUCGGCCAUAUAAGUGUACCCAUCCAGGCUGUGAGAAAUCCUUCACGCAACUCUCAAAUUUACAGUCCCACCGGCGUCAACACAACAAGGACAAGCCCUACAAGUGCACCAACUGCAAUAAAGGAUACAUAGAUGCAGCGAGCCUGGAGGUGCACAUGUCCACACACACUGUCAAACACGCGAGGAUCUACUCGUGUGGUCUCUGCAACCGCACUUAUACCUCAGUAAGACAAAUGUCCAUUUCUGAAGAGCAUUUCUACAUGAAACACUGUGAAUCGCCUCUCUGGCAUCAGACAAGUGGCAGCUACUUUACACCUUGUAGUCAUGUGUCCACUGUUUCCCCUCUGCCUAUCCUCCCCUCAUCUCAGGAGACGUAUCUGGUGAAACACAUGGAGAAACACAACCCAGACCAGUUGACUGCACCAGCAGUCGUGGGAGCACAAGCAGCACAACAGCACCAGAACCAAAGCCAGGGCCAAGCUGGAGCUCAGAGCCAGGUAGAGAGCACAGAUGGAGGAUCGAGCCGAGCUGGGAGCGGAGGAGCGGGCGGCGGCAGCCAGCAGGGACAGAGCCAGAGCAACUACCCCCAGACAGAAACCAUCUCCUGUCCAUUUGACCUACACCAGUAUAAGACAGUUUCUGCCAGUGACAUCCAGUACAAACCAGUCAGUGUAGCUGACAUUACUUCCCACAAGGACCUCUGUCUCACUGUGUCAGCCUCCACCAUUCAAGUGGAGCACCUAAACUCUUAGAGGUGAUUAAAGGAGGGAGUUUGGGGGGUAGGGAAGAUAAAAUUAAUUCAAGAAAACAAUAAAUGGAGGAUGGAGAGUCGAAGGAUUAAAGCAAUACUAAGAUGAUACAAGAACUUCGGAACACAUGACUGUGCCUGAACGAUGGUUUGAGGCAGACAGGACAAAUUAUAUGGUCACACAGUAUACUGAAGACUAUAAUUUUGUUUUUAUUUUUUUAGAUUGUCUCUUUUUUUUUCUUUCUGCCUUGUUUGAUCUGUUUCUUGUUGCUUAGCUGUCCUGUCUGAGUAGAAAGUGCAUGUAAAGGCUGCAAUAAAGUAUGUUUCAGUCCAUCACAGUGAUGGUUUUAUUAUAGGGAGAGAGUCAAAGAGACAGUGCUUCUCUUUUAUUAUUGUUUUAUCACCUCCUGCCGUUCCCCACAAAUACAGCUUUGGCCAUUGCAAUUUAUGGCCUCUCUGUUGAUGAAAUUGGUAGUUGACUGUGAAGGUAAAUUUUUAUACUUUCGUACAGAGACUUUCAGUUUUUACAUCAGUGUUAAUACCUCUACUAUGUUGUAAAAUACAUGCCCGCAAUGAAUUAUUUUAACCAUAAAAGGGGCAUAGAGGUUAUUUCCUUUUCAGGAAAGAAAAAAUAUCAGUUAAGUAUAUAUAGAUAUAUACUACCAAUUUAUAAGAUAUGAUUGUGUGUUUAAAGGAUGUGGUAAUCCAUAUAACCUACUUCACAUGACCUUCUGGGAAGUGAUGAGCCGGUUCACGUUUCAUGUAAUCCUAUUGUACUGCUUUGUGUGUAUGUCCUAAAAGUAAUGCUAUCCAAAAAUGUUCUUGCUAUUAUACUUCCACAAUAACAAUGUUUAUAAUACUUCUUUACAAACAUACCGACACAUCUGAUUUUUUUUUUUUUCGGCUCAUAAUACAAUAAACCCUCUGAAAUGUU